AUGUCUUGGCCACCAGCCAGCACUCAUCUGCAGCCCACAGGUGAAUUAGAACCCUGGACGGUGAACGUGGAACCACCUACGGCCUCGGAGGUUUACGACUGCAUAUGUUCUCUCAAGCGCCACCGAGCUCCCGGUCCGGAUGACCUCCCACCUGCACUGUUCAAAGACGGGGGUGAAGUCCUCAGUCAGCGCCUGUCCGACUUGUUUGCUUGCAUUUGGGAAAAGGAGUCUGUCCCAGACAACUGGGGAGAAUCGGUAGUAGUGCCCAUUUUCAAAAAAGGGGCGCGUAGUGAGUGUGCUAACCGCAGGGAGAUCAGCUUGACCCCGGUUGUAACGAGACUGUUGGCGUCAAUUGUGAUUCGUCGCCUUACGGUGGCUCGUGAAAUACUGACUCGAGAGCAGCAAGCAGGAUUCCGGUCUGGUAGGGGUUGUGUUGACCAAAUCUUCACACUGCGUCAGGUGCUAGAACAACGCCAUACGUAUAAGCGACCCACGAUUCUAGUAUUCCUGGAUUUCCGAGGCGCAUUCGACUCGGUUGAUUGGUCUGUUCUUCUUGAGACGCUUGCCCACCAACGAAUGCCCCAGAAGUUUGAAAACACAAUACGUUCUUUGUAUUCUCAGACUUCCGGACGUGUGAGAGUGUACGGAGAGCUCUCCAAAAGCUUCCGCACACAAAGCGGUGUCCGUCAGGGAUGCCCACUCUCUCCAUUACUUUUCAACUUUGUGAUCGAUGAAAUAAUGAGACGAAAGCUGGAGGGUCUCCAAAACCCUGGUGUUCAAAUAGCCAAUGAAGAAAACCUUGUCGAUCUGGAAUAUGCAGACGACAUCGUUCUCAUGUUCGAAGAGACGGAGAAGGCGCAAGUAUUCUUGGAUGAACUGACCAAAGUCAUCCCGUCCUUUGAUAUGCACUUUGCACCCACAAAGUGUAAGGUCAUGCUUGUGGACGUGCAGUCACUGAACACGACCUUACGAUCCAGGGAGAGGCGUUCUUUGGGUCGUCUCUUUUCUGGUAUCAAAGGAGCCUACAACGAUAUUAAUCCAUCGACUCUUACCGGCGCUAUCGAUGUCCUUGUUGUGGAACAGCCAGAUGGUUCGUUCUUGAGCGGACCGUUUCACGUUCGGUUUGGUAAACUGACAGCAAUUUCUCCUGCUGACAAAACUGUCGAAGUCUACGUAAAUGGGAAGUAUGUGAACUUCAUUCGGAUGCAGCUUGGCAGUGCUGGAGAUGCUUAUUUUGUGGAACCAGAUGAAUCCGAUGUCAGUGGUGAAGAUUUUCUUAGAUCUACUGAGGAAGAACUCUUGCGAACACACUGGCCAAGUAUCGCUUCUCGCAGACGCCGCCGGAGACUUCGUCGGGACACUGCUCAAAGUGAAUCAGACAUGAAUCAGCCUGAGUACGAAGAACUGUUUGAUGAGGGACCUCAGUCCGAUUGUGAACAGUCCACUUUAUCGAGCCCAGAUCAUGAUCCACGGGUUGCACACUUCAUCUCCGACAGUAUGCUCCAUGAGACUUUUGCAUCUAGGGAUGACCUGGAAUGGGCUUGGGGGAAUUUCCCUCAACGUAAAUCCGAAGUUUACAUGGGUGCAAAGUCUGUAGUUGUGGAUACUGAUGAACCCCCACCACUAACCCGGAAAUCCUGCACAACUCUACAGUCACCGUCUUUUGCAGCUGUACCCAAAUCUGAAGGAGUAUAUUUGGAAGAUCUAGUUACGCCGGAAGUCGAUCAGACUGUGAAGGAAGCUUACAUUUACCCCCCAGCACGUACCUUGUCCCGUUCACCAAGAUCCCGUGUGCAUCAGGAUAGUGGUGGAUGUUGUGUGGAUGCCGGGUACCGUUCUGAUGGAGAACAUUCUCCUCGUAGUAUUUCCCCCAUUUACCCGAGUGUAUUUGGACUUCGUCUUUCUCUUUGUGGCUGGCCUUCUCUGGGAUCCCAGUUGUCGGAGGAGAAAUUUUUCGAACACCUUGUUUCUUAUGAGGAAUUUAUUCAAGAUCCAGAAGCAAUCUUAUCCAAUCCCAAUCUGACUAUACAGCUGAACGGAAAGUUCGUCAAUUGGCAGGUUGCCGCGCCUUCGAUUCUGAGUAUCUUGGCAUUUCAAAGUGAAUUACCACAUUGCGUCGUCCGUCGUCUAGAAAACCUACAUAUGCGUAAGAAGGAAAUUCGCCGGACUUCUUGGUUUAGUUGGGGCUCACGAGCUGCUGAAACUGCGGACCACGCGCACUCAGAGAAUACUGCUUCAGCUGUACAGCCUCUUCCGCAGGUAGCGGAGAUUGAAUCACCCGAGCAAUCUGAAUUGAAAAAAACGCCUUCAGUUACGGUGCCCGAUAUCGAGACAACGGCUGCUGAUAGUUGCAAGCCCAGUGGUAGGAGAUCGAAUCGUUUGUCUUCAGAAGAGAUCGCUCGGUUACAACUAAAACCUGGACGUAACGAGGUGGAGUUCCGGGUGACAACGAAAAUCCAAGGUACAUGUAUAUGUUCGGCCUCUAUUUUUGUAUGGCACUGGUCCGACCGUAUUGUGGUCUCGGACGUGGAUGGUACUAUUACUCGGAGCGAUUUGUUAGGCCAUCUUUUGCCGAUGCUGGGCCGUGACUGGACCCAUUUCGGCGUUGCUGGUCUUUACAAUUUGAUUUCUCGUAAUGGCUAUCGUUUUAUCUACGUGUCAACUCGUGCCUUGGGUCAGGCGGAUAUCACUCGGAGCUACUUACGCCACGUGAAUCAGAACGAUCUAUCCUUACCCGAAGGUCCCAUACUGUUAUCACCGAAUUCCUUGCUUCAUGCAUUUCACCAAGAAGUGAUUGAAAAGAAACCGGAGAAUUUCAAAAUUCAAUGUUUGCUGGAUGUGUGUUCUUUAUUCCCCUCUGAUCAUCCACCGUUUUAUGCCGGAUUCGGCAACAAGACUAAUGACGCUUUCGCCUACGAAAAAGCUGGAAUUGACCGUUGCCAUAUUUUUAUUGUAAAUCCGCGUGGUGAGGUCCGUAACGAAUUUCAACCGGCGAAAAUCACUUCUUACACCGAGCUUAGCCAAAUGGUUGACCAUUACUUUCCUUCCAUUGUAAAACCAAGCAAACAGGCCAUUCCAAUCUCUACAACUGACACCGUUCAAGCGAACACCACUUCAGAAACACAGAAUCUCAAAGCGGAUUCCGCCAAAAGCUUUGAUGACCCCAACAUAGAUAUGUCCAAGUACUCUUGUUUCACUUAUUGGCGGACAACAGAGUUCGAACCUUGUUCUACCUAUGAAUCAUCCGCUGAGCCAUUCCUCUCUAUUCACACUCCGGAACUGAGGCUUUCUGUUAGCACCGGCAGAAGCUUAGCUUGGUGCGCCAGGGCGACCGUGGGACCGUGUAAUACACCAAAACCAGGUUUCUUCGAUUUCAAUGGGCGCAAGAAAUGGCAAGCGUGGUCGGAUCUGGCUGAUAUGUCUGAGGACCAGGCCCGUCGAGAAUACGUUUCAAAGCUGUUUGAGGUUGACCCGUCUUGGGAUCCUAAGGAUCAAUCCAACAAAUGUGCUAUCUAUGUUAGCCGAAUGGUUUGUUUGGACCCAGAAAAGGUAGAUGGGGACUGCCCGGAUGAGAGGGACAAACCAGUUUUUCAAGCAGUCAAAGAAGGUAGAGUGGAUCUGCUACAGACCAUCCUACGAGACUCCCCAAAUAUCGUGAAUGUAACAGAUUCCGCAAUGAUGACACCACUUCAUUGGGCCUCUGAUCGCGGAUACACAGAAAUAAUCUCCACUCUGCUUGCUCACUCAGCAGAUGUUAAUGCUAGAGAUAAGGAUAACCAAACUCCGCUGCAUUACGGUAAGGCACGUUAUUUCCCCAAUUACAAUGCUCCUAUCUUGCAGCUUGUGCUUGCGGUCACUUGA